AUGCUCAAGCACUCAUGGCAAGAAAAGAGGGUUUUUAUUUUCGAGGCUCUCGAUGAGAUUGCAUCGGCGACACCCCGGGAUAGCCAACUGCUUCAACUGUUCAUGCUCUUCUCGGAAGCUUUGCAGGACCCCAACGUCCCGCCCAUACACAUCGUCAUCACCAGCCGCCCUCGUCCCGAAAUCAGACUAGUCAUGGAAUGGCAGGAAAUCGCCGACCACGUCCAGACCAUAUGCAUGGAAGACUUUGAUACACAGGAAGAUAUUGCUAGGUAUCUGCAGGACUCGUUCAACUCCAUCUAUUAUCGCCACAAUCUCUCCGCUAUCCGUACGCUUCCAUGGCCCCCUGAUGCGACAAUGAAAACCCUCCUAGAGCGCUCUCAUCGCUUCAUUGUCGCAGCUACGUUAGUACGCUACACUGACCACGAGGCUGCAGAAGUCAGACUUUCUUCUUCAUCGAACAUCCUUCAAACAAACACCGUCAACCCGGUCCAAGACGUCUUUGAUCUCUACCAAGCGGUUGUCGACUACUCAGCCGAGGACGUUGCGAAAUGCUUUCAGUUCCUAUCCGACCUCGUCACGUUGGCCCAACCGCUUCCAGUACGCGACCUCAGUGCUCUGCUCGGUAUUGGUCGACACGGAGUUCAAGCUAUACUUGAUUCAGUAUCAGCCAUAGUUUCAGUCCCCAGCAAGCCGACGGAACCGGUUAUCGUCUUCCACCCCUCACUUCGAGACUUCCUCGCAGGCAGCCCGCAUCCAAGCGCCAACCUUGAUAACUCGCAUCGCCGUCUUUUUUGUGGCUGUAUGCACUUGAUGGCUAGAGAGCUCACAACGGACAUAUGCGGCCUGGGCGACGCAUUCAAGCUCCAUGCAGAAGUAAUAGACUUUGCGCGCAAGGUCGAAACUCGUCUCUCUUGGGCCCUCAGAUAUGCAUGCCGUCACUGGAUCUUCCACCUGCAGUACGUCCAACCAGACGCUGAGGUGACCUUCUUAGUCCACGAGUUCCUCCAUAAUCGCUUGCUCCACUGGGUUGAGGUCCUCAGUCUCGUCGGGCAGCUCAAUGACGUCGUGCUCUACGCUAUCAAGGCGAGGACGGUAAUCUCGUCAUGGGAAAGUUUUGAUCACAAGAGCGAAGCCAUGACUCUUCUCUACGAACUCCAAAAGCUUAUCCUCGAAUUUUUCGAUUGCAUCAGCGUGUCCGCGCUUCACGUCUACCACUCCGCUCUUCCUUUCGUACCAACGACAACUCGCCUUCGCGCUGUGUAUGGCUUGGCUCUGCAAGCGGCCAACGUAGAAGUGGAAGAGGGCCUUGACACUGAAUGGGACUUUUGCCACCGCACCAUCGAGUGUUUGCGAGCAAAGGCAGUCUCGGUGUCUCCUGACGGUGAAUGGGCUGCGGUUGCGUCGGAACAGGGAGUUCUGAUAUGGGACAUGACCACUGGUCUACUGAUUACGACCGUCAGUCAAACGCCGGUGUGUAAGACAUUGGCGUUCUCGCCCGAUGGCCGCUUCCUCGCUUUUGGCACUUUCUCCCCGAGACGAUGGCAAUUAUGGAACAUGUUCAAAGACACCACAUCGAUCCCUCUAGACAACCCAUCGGAUGCCGUACCAUGUUGCUGCGCAUUCUAUCAUCGUGGUGACCGCGUUGCGUGCGCCUUCGAGCAGCCUUCUGAAGCUUUGUCAAAGGUUUAUAUUUGGGAUAUGACCACACGAACCUCUCUUUUCAUAGUGCACUUGGAUGCUAUCCGACACAUGCGCUUCUCUCGUUCAGAUGAGAAGCUUUUAUCGGCUACGGACGAUACUGUCUACGUAUGGCAAAACACAACAGGAGCCCAACUACAGCGGAUCGAUCGUAAUCAAGGUAGUUUCCCGCGGGAUAGCUGGCACUUCUUCACCCCAGAUGACCAUCACAUCGUACAUAUAAUCACUGGACACAGCCGGACUUCGAGUUAUCCGCACGCAUUGCCUACGCUUGGUGUGCUCGUCUCUCCUAGCAUAAGAGCCACCUCGCUAGUACCUGCACAAGUCAAUAUCUCAGUUCGUGUUGCCAUGCGAAGCGGGAUCUGCAUCGCUGCACGCAUCGAGGACAAACUGUUCACAGCCUCUCGCCAUGAUGUCGACCUUUCUCUAGUGAAGGACCGAAGCCCGAUCAUGUAUGCCACCAAAAACUCCGGUAAAAACUUUGAAGGUCACGAUUUGGCUUCAGGAGUCUCGUUCUUAGACCUGUCUCAAGCUUGCUUCGGGGUGGUAAAGCGGAAGCGACCUGUCGCAACUCCGCCAGAGAUUGCUACGAUUGUGCUCCCAACUUGGACCGCGUCGAAUUCAUUCGUUUUAGGAGAGCAUAUAACUACGACGGUCGAAAAGCGGACAAUGACACUCCCCAGGAUCCGCUUCAUCAGUGCAGAUGCGGACAGCGGCCACCGCAUCGUCCACACUCAUCAGGUAGAUCCAGAUCACCGCGAGAUUAUUGUGUUCGCUCCCAGGAUGCAAGCUAUUGCAUAUCGCUGUAGUGCUGCCGGUCCCAUAAAGCUGUUGUGUCUGGGGCGAGAAAAGCUCGUUCAGCAUGACGUCUGGAGGAUUGGGGAUGCAAUCUUUGCAUGGAAAUUUUCCAACAGAGCCACGUUUUUGGCUGCCGUCUUUUGGCUGAAGUACAGCGAUCUUCCGCGCCUGCGACAGUUUCAUCUAUGCGUAUGGGAGGUUGCAACAGGUGCAUUGGUAGGCGAGAUGACUCUUGUCGACGUCGAUAGGUCUUCCAUCGCAUUCUCUCCCAAUGAUGCACACCUUGCUGUCGUGUGCAAGUCACAGAAGGAGCUAGCCGUGUUCUACAUCCGGAAGAAAGGAAAAGGCUUCGCCCGGAUCUUCACUUCUAAUGCACCUCCACAGUCAUCUUUCUUCGCCCCCUACUUCUCGGAAAACAACACCAUCCGUCAUGUCCUCGUGUGCUACCAAGACUUUGGUACCGUUUCGGUUGCAAUUCAGCAUCAGAACAUUUACGCUUCGUCGAAUAACGGGCUUUACACCCUUCCACAGACUAUCAUUCUCGACGAGCGCAAACCUAACACACGAAACAACGCAAUCGAGGUCCUUGCAUCAACUCAACUCUCGCGAGUUCUUGUUCAUGGCUCAGCUUUCUCCGUGGUGCUCGAUCGCCCGCUCGAAUUUGUGGAAGGAUCUUCACCCACCGAAGAAGGCACCCAUAGCAUUAGCAAUCGCAUCACUAUUGGUGAAUCCGAAUUCGACACCCUCACAUGGUCCGAUGUGCGUCUUACGCGAGACGGAUGGAUUUUCGUCGGCGAGAAACGCGUCUGCUGGGUACCUGUGAGGUACCGGCUGAAGCAGUCGCAAGGAUACACACAGGCCAAUGACCGACCGAAGGCACCAACGGUCGGCCAGAUGAAGAACCCGCAGAGCUUUAGGGGGUUUGGUAAUGGGAUCGUGUUGAUGGAAGGAAACAGGCAUCUUGUGAUGAGGUUCCGCGGGUUGGAGGUGAGGUACUUUGACUGA